CUCAUCCUCUUCGGGCUCAGCAACCAGAUGGUGGUGACGUUCAAGGAGGAGAACACGGUCGCCUUCAAGCACCUCUUCCUGAAGGACUACGUGGACGGGGCGGAAGAGUCCUACGCCGUCUACACCCAACGCGACCUCUACGACCGCAUGUUUUACGCCGUGGAGAAGUAUUUGGCCGUUCCCAACGAGACCAUCGGGCGUUACGCCUACGUGCGAGGGGAGAGCGGAGGGAACCGGUCAGCCCUCAUGCUCUGCCAGCAGUAUUACCGUAAAGGACGCAUCGACCCGGCCAACGACACCUUCAACAUCGACCCCAAAAUUGUCACAGACUGCCUGGGAGUGGACCCCGAGGACCCCCAGCCUCUUCCCCCAGAGCUGGAGCGCAGCUACAAGAACUUCACCCUCAAAUUUCACAAACUCAUCAACGUCACCAUCCAGUUCAAGCUGAAAGCUAUCAACAUCCAGACCAUCAUCAACAACGAGAUCCCCGACUGUUACACCUUCACCAUCACCAUCACGUUUGACAACAAGGCGCACAGCGGCCGGGUGAAAAUCCACCUCCACAACCAGGCUGACAUCAAGGAGUGCAAAGAUCCCAGCGUUUUCGGCCGAG